CGGCAAUAUUUCACGUGCAAUAUUUUGCUGAAAUCGGCGUCUUCGGCGAUCGCCGGCGGGGGAAAGGCCUAUUCUUGGUUCUGUACGGCCGACUCAACCCCCCUGGUCGGCAACGGCCACCUCCAGCACAUGAGCACUUGCUGCACAUGACCAGGAUACUCGGGGACCUGAACACUGCAGGCGGGUGGGUCAUCAGCCGCGGUGCUUGUGUCAGUAAGCCUUGGUUCUGGUGCUAUGAGGCUGUGAGGCAUGGCGACCAGGCACGGCGGCACUGUUCCGCUCGACGACGAGACGCCACGCAUAGGCACGUCGCGGUUCCUCCCGCAGGGAAUGUUUGUGUUGUACAAGCUAGGACUGGCGGUGUACUUCCUGUAUUGGGCCAUUUUUUGGCGUGCGGUUAAGGACUACAAUACAGGCCGCUUCUUGACACACUGGACCUGGUACGCUACGACCACCUACUUUGUCGUUUCUGCCCUGUCGGCCUUCCUGUGCUGGAGAGCGAUUGCGGUUACGGUGGCUAGCGGGCCCGUCAGGGAUGGCGACCCAGCGUUCGACGCACCAACAUCGUCAAGGCCGUCUGACCGGACUGGCUCCCCGCAACCCGUGCCGGCGGCGCUAAGGCAUCUGCAGCUCGCGCUCUGGAGUACGGCGUGCAUAGUCUCGCUAAUUGUCGUAUCCAUAUUUUGGGGGGCCUUGUACGAUGGAGACAAACUCACCACGGUCGACGAACAAGCACACGUUUUCGUAGCCUGCAUCAUGCUGCUGGACCAGUUCCUGGUGGCCGACGAGUUCAAGCUGCGUUAUGUCCUCUUCCCGCAGGCGUUCGGGGUGAUUUACAUUUUCUUCAACGUGGGCUGGUAUUAUCUCGCCCCGGACGAUGACCGACUGAUUUACAUCAUCCUCGACUGGGAAGAUAACACUCUAGGGGCGUGCAUCUAUGCCUUCGGCGCGAUUUUGGUUGGCGCACCGCUCUUCGGGUUGGUCCACUUUGGCAUCUUUAGGCUCCGCGAAAGAGUCUACCACAAUCGUCUAGCCAGAAGCUCAAAGGCCGCUGCGGAGGCCCAAGCGAUCGAACUGAAGGAGAGCGACCAAGCUUGAGGUCCUGCUGUAUGAUGGGCGGUUGAGGAGCUCGGCGGGAAGGAACGGGUUGAUGUAGUAUAAGGCCGCUGACACGGACGAGCAGGUUGCAGUAGUGGACUAUUAUGCUGCGAACUGACGCGUUCUGAAGGAAAGCGUUGUUCGCGGAAGGCGGUAAGAAAUUCGUGUUAUGAUACGGGGACACAGCAUCAACGUCCCCGGAAAAAGCCGCAGGGUAGGGGACACAACGUUAAACUGCUAGGAAAACAACUCGGAGGGCAGGUGGCCCGCCGAGAAGCGUCAGGCUCGCAGUAGUGGCCUAGCCCCCGGGAAAGUGCUAGGCUUGCAGGAGGGGAGCUGUCUUGCCAGAAUCUGACCAGGGAGAACCAGCUAGAUGUCAUACAUCUACCACCGAUAGAUGUGGUGUGUAAACAUAAUAUUAAGCAUUCGAGUACGAUCCGUGGUUCACCCGGGAAGAAUUGGUGCUAGAAUGAUGUUUUUUGACACGUCCGAACAUGACCGGCACCUCCACAUGCAAACUAGAAACGUGGGGAUUACUUGACGUUGUAUUCUAUACUAGAUUUUUGUGUUCUGUAAAUUAUGAAGCAUUGCUAUUAGCGGGAAUUGUUACAGACAUGACGGAGGUGUUCCGGAGUGCAGUUUUUUCGUGUGUUCGGAGAAUUUUAAGUUCCCUUUCCUGACGGUUCUACUAACCGGAGCGACGGCGAAGUUGUCGUACUCACCCACAAGGUUUAACGCUUUGUGUGCUGGUAUGAAGUGUUGCCCUGGACUAACGUGAGGCAGUAGCUCUUCGUAGCGCCAAAGUGUGUUCAGCUUCAGCAUGCCUUUUUCUUGAAUCAAAAACGAAGAGAUUUGUCGCGUUUGCGUUUCACGUAUUUUUGAUUGGACACAUGCAUUGGUGUCUGUGCAUGAUAUAUAUAUGCUUUUGUGGUUGUGUUAUUUUCAAGUAGACCAGUAUUUUAGGAGGGACAAACAUUUCCGUACGGUCGUGCAAUCGUCCUCCUUUUUUUGUGGUCAUAGGGUGCCGUCCCAGUUUUCCUUCUGUGACCGCGGCACGAUUUGACAGCACUUGCUUGUCGUACACCGCCGCCCUCAAGAAGAAGUUAACCACCGGCGAUUUCUUUUAUCCGGGGGGGGGCAAGGCCGAGUUGUUGUUGUUGUUGUU